AUGGAGUUGGUCGGUAAGCAUUUAUCUCAUCCAAAUAGUAUUCAUUUCAAUGAAGAGUUGAUUGAUCUAGGGGCAAGCACACUCUUAAUCCCUGGGAUGUUUCCAAAGGGAUGCAAUUCAGUCUAUUUAUCCAUUUAUGAAACCAAAGAUAUGAACCAAUAUGACUCAUUUGGUUGCUUGAAAUGGUUAAACGAAUUUUGUGAGUCUUAUAACCAGAAGCUCCAAUAUGAGAUAUUCAACCUUGGCAAAAUUCAUCCUCAUGCUAAACUCAUAUAUGCUGAUUAUUACAAAGCAGCAUUAUCAUUAUAUCAAAAUCAAUCAAAAUUUGGUUUUAUAGGUCUCAAAACCUGUUGUGGGAAGGGAGGUCGAUAUAAUUUAAGUGUGAAUCAAACUUGUGGCAUGCCAAGUGUGAAUGCAUGUGAUGAUCCUUCUAAAUAUAUUUCGUGGGAUGGUCUUCAUUUGACGGAGGCUGCAUAUAGAUUGAUGGCUGAUGGUAUCAUUAAUGGAUCCUAUACUAUCCCCAAAUUUAGUAUCUUGUCCUCCAAGAAACCCAAUGAAGAGCAAAGGUUUAAAAAACGGUCGCUGCCGCGUCACGGUCGCAUAUAG